AUGAAGUGCAAUGGUUGUUUGAAGAAUGUAGUUAAUGCAAAUUGCAUUAAAUGUUCCUCACAAACAUGCGACAAAAACUUUUGUUCGAUGUGCAUCAACGUAUGCAAUAUGUCGGUAGAGAAAAAGAAGAACUGGAGAUGCCCCGAUUGUUGCGCUGGGAAGAAAAAGGUUGGAGAUAACAGCUCAACCCCUGUACGUCCUGCUGAUGACAAUGUUACACUGAGGAAGAAAUGCAACGAAAAUCCCGAUGAUACUCUCCAUGUGGAGGUAAGGCAGCUAACAGAGGAAGUUCGUCUCCUUACGAGAGAAAUCGCCUCGCUUAAGGGCCGCCUAGAAAAUGCCACAUCAGGUUUGACCAGCUGCCAGGCUAGACUAGAUGAAUUAGCGAGUACUACAGCCUCCAAUGAUUCCAGACUAAAAACUCUAGAAGGACGUGAUAAGGAAGUGAAGCUGCUAGAAAACAAGGUGAUUGAGCUUCAGCAAGAAUUCAGCAAGAAAGAAUGGAGUUAG